AUGGUUUUCUACGCAUAUGUCAAAUAUGUCACGGAUAACUCGGGCUAUCGAUACGUGAUUACCUUUGCCAGUCGCGAAGUUGCGGAUGAGUGGUGGCGUGCCGUGUCCACUUCCACCGUCACUAGUUUCGUGACUAGCGUUCAGCGUGUCAACGCCCAGUUCUACACCCAUAACGUGGGUGUGGCAAACGCCGCAGACUCCCUCACCACGACUGGGGUUGCGACCCAAUUUCUCGGCAAGCAUUAUCCCACGGCCCGAACAUUUCGCGGACCACAUCAGCGGAAACUCGUAAUCUCACCAGCAGGCACUGCAGGGACCGUCAUGAUUGGCUCUGACGAUGUCGUUAUCACGUUGACCACCUCUGAUCUGUCGGUCAACGUCGAUGCCACCACCGCUCAAGUGAUUCUUUCACUUGCUCCUCUGACGGGGUUGACUCUUAGUACCCUUUUGACCAACUUCACCGUUGGGUCUUCCUUGUCCGUCAACGACGAGACCAUGAAGGAACUCCUCUACACGGUUAAUGGGGAAGAGUGGGAACUCGCUUGA